GAAAUGAGUUGGUUAUCUUUCUGGCUGACCAAAAGGAGCCCUACUUUAAGCCCCGUGUAAAGUUGCCAAUGAGGUCUCUGGGCGUUACCAUAACCAGUGUAGUUCCUGGAGAUUAUGAUGGUGAUUCCCAAAUGGAUGUCCUCCUGACUACCCAGGCACAAAGUCAUGGCAGAGAUGAACUUUCAGUGUUUAUUUUCUGGGGACACAACCAGACGUUAGAUCUUAACCGUAAAACUACGCUAAAUAAGACUUUUCAUGAUGAGCCUCUAGUAAUGGACUUUAAUGGAGACUUGAUUCCUGAUGUCUUUGGUGUCACGACUGAUUCAAGCAAGCCUCAGGUCCUGAUAGGAGGGAACUUGUCAUGGCAUGCAGCGCUGGAAACUCAGAGUAAAAUGUAUAUACCACACUCUCAUGCCUUUAUAGAUCUAAAUAAUGACUUCACUGCUGAUUUAUUCCUUACUACAUCACCAAAUUCCAGAAACAUUCAGUUUGAGACAUGGGUAAAUAAGGAUGGGAACUUCUCUAAAGCUGGAAAAAGUAAGGAAAUGCCUCCUGGAGCGAAAGUUGUUGGACAGUCUGUGUUUGCAGAUUUUGAUGGGGAUGGACAAAGUGAACAUUUAUUACCAGUGUGUGAAGAUGAAACAUGUCAAAGAAGUGCCAUCUACCUAACUAAGCUGGGGCUGGAUCAGUGGAUUCCAGUCUUGCAAGACUUCAGAAAUAAAGACACAGUCUGGGGCUUUGUACCAUAUCAAAAUGACAAAUCUUCAGCAGAAAUUUCAUUUCCAAUUACACUUCAUAUUGGAGAUUACAACAUGGAUGGAUACCCAGAUGCUCUUGCUAUACUGAAGAACACUUCUGGAAGCAAUCAACAAGCAUUUUUACUAGAGAACGUGCCGUGCAAUAACGUGAGCUGCAAGAGCGUCCGGCGCAUGUUCAAGGUGUUCUGGGAGCUCUCGGACCUGAACCAGAUCAAGGAUGCAGUGGUGGCAACCUUCUUUGACAUCUAUGAAGAUGGAAUCUUGGAUAUCAUUGUGCUAAGCAAAGGCUACUCCAACAAGGACUUUGCUAUCCACACAUUAAAAAACAACUUUGAAGCAGAUGCCUAUUUUGUUAAAGUUAUUGUUCUCAGUGGCCUCUGCUCUAAGGACUGUCCUCGGAAAAUAACACCCUUUGGAGUUAACCAGCCUGGUCCUUACAUCAUGUACACCACUGUAGAUGCAAAUGGGUACCUGAAAAAUGGGUCAGCUGGCCAGCUGAGCCAGUCGGCACAUUACGCUCUGCAGUUGCCAUACAACGUGCUGGGCCUGGGACGCAGCGCCAACUUCCUCGACCACCUCUAUGUGGGCAUUCCUCGGCCUCUAGGAGAGAAGUCCAUAAGGAAACAAGAGUGGACAGCUAUCAUACCCAACUCCCAGCUGAUAGUCAUUCCUUACCCUCAUAACGUUCCUCGAAGCUGGAGUGCCAAGCUCUAUCUGACCCCAAGUAACAUUGUCCUGCUGACAGCUAUAGCCUUAAUUGGUGUCUGUGUUUUCAUCCUGGCAAUAAUUGGCGUAUUACACUGGCAAGAAAAGAAAGCAGAUGACAGAGAGAAGCGACAGGAGGCUCAUCGGUUCCAUUUUGAUGCUAUGUGACAUGCCUUAAUAUUUAUAAAGGAGCUGCUACUCAUUUGCUUAACUGAAAUACUAAAUUCUGGUUUUUAAAGUUAUUACCGUGAAAAUCCUGUUGGUGUGUUCUUUGUAAAUGUUGCAUUAUUUGCUAUUUAUUUGGGGAGUGUUAGUUAGACCUGAAUGUCUCACAAGGCCUUUCAGUUAACAGACUGUAUAGAAUAGCAUCUGGCCUCUGCUGAACAGCACUGUACAUUAUUUUUCUGAGUAAAGGGAUCCAUUGCAUGUACCAUUGCUUGUGUACCACCCAUUCUGUAGUAAUGUGGCAUAGGAGGAAAGCUCUGUGAACCAAGUGUAGCAUUCCAGCCAGCAGAAUUCCUUGGACCACUUGGAAAGGUCUUGUUAUUUAUUCAUUCCUGCCAAAUUUCUGAAAAUUAAACUUGGGCAAUUUCUCAGAUGGUUUUAAUGGUUAAUUAUUUGGAUUGUAUUAAAUGGUGCUUAACC